GUAGUGUUGUAGUACUCGAGACCGGUCUUGGUCUAAAGACCACUUUUUGAUGGUCUUGGUCUUGUCUCUGACUCGACCGCACUUGUACACGGUCUUGUCUUGCGCUUGGAUAUUGAGGACUCGGGAUUUUAUUUCAAGACCAUACAUAACUUUGGGAAUAUCAAUAAAUUGCUUUUGCAUUGUCUGAUUUAUUUGUUAACAUCCAAACUUUGAUUGGAUGUAAAACGUACUGCUUCAAAUGCAACGAAUUACCCUAAUUAAAAAUAUGUUGUUACCGUUAACGACUGUCACUCCUAACCGCGAUGGUAAACAUGGAAAAGGAGUGUUGAAUAAAGAUGCUUACAUUGAUUUCAGCUAUUAGUUUUUGUAUGUGGGUGUUUUAAUGGGAAUUUGGAUCUUUCAGAUCAGUUUGAGAAGCACCUAUGAUCUCGUUCCACAUUUUAUUUUGUGUCAUGUAAUGUGGAGAACUGGUCUUGUCUCAGUCUCGAUAAACUCUGGUCUUGGUCUUGACUUGGUGUCGGUUUGGGCGGUCUUGCCUACAACACUAGACUCAGGUCUUGCUCAAGUCUUGUUAAUAAUGUUUAUCACAGAAGGACAAGAGAAAAUGUAUCAGCAAAGGUCUAAGAUGUUUUUUCAGUUUAACAUGAAGGUCAGUGUAAAUGGGGGCGGCUAACACACCUUUUUCUUUUUUAUGUGUAUAUUUUCCUUUUCUAGUUUGUCUCUUGAUUUGUGAAGUUGGAAAACGGAAAAUAUUAUAAAUAAAACAUAACAAACAUAAGAAGUGAAUGUCAGUAAUGUAAGAUGCGGGGAUUUGAUGUAAAAAAACAAAACAAAAAUACAGGUGUUUGUGCUUUGUUUUUUCCCUGCCUUAUGGUCUAUGUAUGUUACUCAGGACGUUAUGCAGGUAUCAAGUUCAACCACAUAAAACCUCUAAAAAGUAGGCUUAUGGCUAAAUCUAUCAAAUCUAAUUAUAAAUAGAAUAGUUUAUAUUUCUGUGCAGGUGCAACAGACCAAUUAAAUCAUCCAUAUAUAAGACCCCAUGCAUGAAAAGAAGCUCCCACACCUCUAGGUAAUGUUAAUCCAUCACUCCUGUUUGCACCAAUAAUGCUGUGCUACUUGUUAGGGCCUGUUGUAAAAAAAAAAAAAAAGGAAAAAAUACUUGCCACCCUCCAGUUCCUUUUAUCUUUUACCUCGCCCAUCUUGAGUCAGCUGUGCACUCCAGUGAAAGAUACAAGUAUACGAGAACAAUGAAAUCGUAAUCAGACCUAGGAUCAGAUCCUUCCCACGUCUUAACGAGGUAACAAAAAAACGGAGUAGCAGCCAGCCAUUCAGGUCCUUCUCAGCGCGAGAGCCGCUCUACAAUAACGACUGACCGCUGUGACUUUCAGAGGACGGACAGAGAUACAGUCCGUCUGCUGAGUUGUAGAGAAGCGCCUUUAUUUCUCCGGUCGGUGGCUUUGAGAAGUGAACCUGCGGUGCUCCUGCGAACAGUCUUUAAAGGAAGUGGCGAGCUACCGCGAGUCAAAGUUUAAGCGUCAGCUGAGUUUGUGCGGCUUGUGUUAUACGCUCGACAGUUUCUAAAUAACGUCCUGCGACUUAGUUUUACUACCAACUGCUGUGGAAUAGAUGAAGAGGCAGUGGUUCAGAAAUAACGCUUAAACUGGUGUUUACGGGAGUAUUUUUUAAAUGGAAGCCUCCGCAGUCUGGGGCGUGUCAGUGAACAGCCUUCGUUGGCUUUGUUUCUGUGGUCUGCGCCAUCUAUCUCAUCAUGGACACCCAACUGAGUGGGGCCAGUAAAGGGGCCAGUGCCCUUCAGUCAGCACAGACCUCAUCACGUCAUAGAUGCCACUCACUGUCUUUACCCCUGUAUGACUGACUGUUACGGAAACAAUAAAGCUUACAUUCCUCUUAGCUUGAACAAAACAGCCAUGCAGCCGCUGCUGUCCCUCAGUGUCUUUUGGCUGCUGCCCCUGGCCUUGACGCUGGAAGAAAACUCACCACUGGACUGCGUCCCCCGUAGAUCUGUGCCUUAUCAUAGGGACAACGCUCACGUGUUUCGUGAGGAGGGAGUGUUCAACUAUUCCACUAUGCUGUUGAGAGAAGACCUGGACCUGCUAGUACUCGGUGCCAGGGAGGCAGUGUAUGCUCUUGAUCUCAAAGACAUCUCAAAGAAACUCGCUUCAGCUAAAUGGGAAGUGACAACACGGCAAAAAGAUGAUUGUAAAAACAAAGGAAAAGAUCCCGAGAUGGAGUGCAAGAACUACAUCAGAAUCCUGCAUAAGAUGGAGGAUAACAGAAUGUAUGUGUGUGGAACCAAUGCUUUUGAUCCUGUGUGUGAUUACAUGUCCUACGCAGAUGGAAACCUGACUCUUGAAAAUAAAGGAGAGGAUGGCAAAGGGAAGUGUCCGUUUGAUCCUUUCCAGAGAUAUGCCUCCGUCAUGUUUGAAAACAAGCUGUACUCAGCCACUUCAAUGAACUUCCUGGGCUCUGAACCCGUCCUGAUGCGCAGCUCUCCGGUCUCCAUACGCACAGAGUUCAAGAGCUCCUGGCUCAAUGAGCCCAACUUUGUUUCCAUGGCUCACAUGUCAGAGAGUGUGAUGAGUGCGUCAGGUGAUGAUGACAAGGUUUACCUGUUCUUCAGUGAGACCGCUGUGGAGUGCGACUGCUACAACAAACUGCUGGUUUCACGUGUGGCCCGCGUCUGCAAGGGGGAUGUUGGAGGUCAGCGGACCUUGCAGAAGAAAUGGACAUCCUUCCUGAAGGCCAGGAUUGACUGUCCGGUGCUUGAGUCCCAGCUGCCGUACAUUAUCCAGGACACUUACCGCUGGUGUGACCCCCAGCAGCCCUGGAAGGACUGUUUGUUCUUUGCCGUCUUCACACCACAGUCGGAUACAUCAGACCUGUCUGCAGUGUGUGUGUACCUCGUGUCUGACAUCAGCAAAGUGUUUGCAGAGGGGAAGUACAAGACCCCAGUCCCAGUAGAAACGUCUUUUGUUAAGUGGGUGAUGUAUAGCGGAGACGUCCCUUUCCCUCGGCCCGGAGCUUGUAUAGACAAUUCAGCUCGUAAAGCGGGCAUAACUCAGACUCUGGACCUCCCGGACCGGACCCUUCAAUUUAUCAAAGAUAAGCCCCUCAUGGACCAUGCUAUCCAGCCAAUAGGAGAGGCACCUCUACUGGUGCGAAGGGGAGCUAAAUUCACACGCAUCAUAGUUAACCAAGUGCAGGCCGCAGAUGGCGAUAAGUACCACGUGAUGUUCAUAGGCACAGAGGAAGGCACAAUGCUGAAAGCAGUGAACUACAAUGGAGAAAUGUUCAUCAUAGAGGAAGUACAACUCUUCCAGGCUCCACAUCCAAUCAAGAUUCUGAAAUUCUCUAAUGUCACGGGUCAGCUCUAUGCAGGCUCAGACUACGGAGCAGCACAGAUACCACUGGCCACCUGUGGGAGGUCCUCAUCCUGUAUGGACUGUGUUCUAGCCAGAGACCCAUACUGUGGCUGGGACACAGUUGGUGGGAAAUGUAUUGUCAUUUCUAAUUCACAGAGAGAGCUAAUCCAAAGUGUGAAAGAAGGAGAUGCCUCUCUUUGCCCAGGUGCUGAUCCGGUUAAGCCUGUGAAUCAGUCCAUCUGGCUCGGGGGUAACGUGAAGCUCAGUUGCCCCUCGCCUUCUAACCUGGGAAAAACCACCUGGGAGCAGGACAGCAGCCCUCUGACCCUUUCGACUCAUCUUCAGCUUCUGCAAGAUGGACUGCUUAUCUUCAACGCCUCACACUCCGACACCGGUGUGUACCGCUGCUUGUCUGUGGAGCGCUCCAAAGCUGGCGAGUACACAACCACUUUGGCUGAGUACCACGUUAGCAUUCCAGAAGGCGGUGAUGACAGGAAUGUGAUUUCUCCUGAAGCUCAGAUCAAUGGCCCCUCCUUGGCUGGACUUCAGGUCGUAGUCGGGUUACUUCUAGUUUCUCUUCUUGCCCUUUUGGCCUGGAACUUUUACAAAGGCCACCUACCGCUGCCCUGGAACUAUAGGAAGAAUAGAGAACAAUCCCAGGAGACUCCAGAUCAGGAGGGACUGAACUCCUGCACAACCUACCAAGAUGCACAGAGGCCCGCAUUGGCAGAGGACAAGCCCCUAGUGUCAGGAAUAGACAACGGCAGCAGGAAUAACAACCACACCAGAGGGGCAGCGGCAUUCAGUGCUGCAGAGGAGAACGAUGACCCGACAUUUACUCCUCCAUCUCUGCAGUCAUCAGUUCAGCAGGAAUUUAGAGUUGAAAUUUCAGUUUAUGGGGCAUUUCCAGUGAGUUGGAGUAUAAAAACAUUCAGAGGGGUUGAAACAUUGUUUUCAGAGUUUGAACUGUUGCGACUAAACACACCAAAAGAUUUUAUAAUACAAUUUUGUAUCAUUGCCAUGAAUUUCUGCUUCACUUUGUUUUAAUGCAGCUGUGUGUACAUUUAAAAGUAUGCUUUAGUUUACUAAUUAUUAUAAAUCCCAUUUUUAGAUUACAAUAAAUUUCAAAGAUUCAUGAUUUUCACAGGGAAUGUACAAUAACUGAAACUGAGCCAUGAUAUUUUUAACCACUAGCUGCGAAGAUUUAGUUUUAUUAAACAUUUUCUACCUGG